UCUGACAGUUGAGCUCGCAGUGAGGGUAAAUUGGCAGGCCCUGUCACCACAACAGAACCAGGGAGCUGCUGCCGCCAGAACCGGGAUGGAAAUAGAGACGGGGCAAGUAGCUCUAGUGUUCAAGAUUAUGGCACUAUGUUCAAGAUUAGGCUUUAAUUUGGGGGCCUGAGAGACAGGUGAGCCUGCAGAGGUUGUGGGGAGAAGACCUGAGAGAGGUUGAGUAGGAAGAAGCCCAGAGAAGUAGCCGCAACGUGUAGGUCUGAGCAGACCGGGGCUACUGGUUAUAGGAUCCCCAGGCUGGAACCUGCAUUUCCCUACCAGCCACUGGGAUGGUGACACAGGCUGAACAAGGGGACAAAGGAUGACUGGAACCCCUGAGCGUACGGCGUGCAAGGACCACUGGGCCCAGAAUUGCGGCCGGAGAUCUGAUAUAACACUGAAUGGUGGGACUUUGUUACUCCAGAAAUUAUGACAUGGCUGGAGGACCCAGUCGUGGGAAGAGGCGGACCACCAGAGAGGCCGUCAGCAGGGGACACUAGAUGUGGAGAGCCACUAUGCCACACCUGGCCCCGUAGAGGCCCUCUAGCGGUCCUGUGUCUCCAGUGUAAACGAAGCCAGAGGAACCUGAGACAACGAAAAAGCACGUUUGCAUGCAAGGUAAACCAAACCAUCAGGCGAGCAAGUGGGGGAAGAUGACCAUGGAGCACCCCUCCAUGGCACCCCCAGGAACAACUGAGGCUUGUGGUGGAGGAAAACUACUACUGGUGACUAUUAAAAUGCAAAGCAACAACUGAACUUUGGGAAGAUCUAGGCGGAGGCAAAAGCCACUUUGUCACCCGUGACUGAGGGAGAUGCAACGGGUGCGACACCCUUCGAGCCGAUCAGAGUUGGGACCCCUAGUCUGGAGGACCAGGGAUGCUGAGAACUUGAGAGCGGCUCCCGCAGGUGCUGUGUCGUUCAGCGUGAAGCACACGGCCGGGGUUCAAGUUGAAGUCGUUACCGAUGACCAAUCGCAGGUGGCCCCCGCCAACGGAGGGAAGCAGUGGCCUCUUGACCACAGGACGAUCCUGAAACUCAGCAUGAACAAAGCCAGUACAGAGGCCAACGACAACAAGGUAACGGUGAACUAUUACGGCGAGGAUGGAGGGCCGCCCAUAGACCAAGCUGGUGUCUUCCUGACAGGCAUUGGGAUCUCUCUGGACGUCGACGCAGAUCGCGAUGGAGUGGUCGAAAAGAACAACCCGAGGAAGGGAACCUGGACGUGGGGCCCAGAUGGGCAAGGAGCCAUCCUGCUGGUGAACUGCGACAAGGACAACCCUUUUAUCUCUGGACUGGAUUGCGACGAUGAAAAAAUAUUCAGCAAAGAAGAUUUGCGGGACAUGUCUCGGAUGAUCUUGAGAACCGAAGGCCCCCAACGACUGCCUGCUGGGUAUGAAAUGGUUCUCUACAUUCCUAUGUCUGACUCUGACAAAGUAGGAGUCUUUUAUGUGGAGAAUCCUUUCUUUGGUCAGCGUUACAUCCAUGUCCUGGGUAGGAGAAAGCUUUAUCAUGUGGUGAAAUACACAGGUGGAUCUGCAGAGCUGGAGUUCUUCGUGGAGGGUCUCCGCUUCCCAGAUGACACCUUCCCUGGGCUGGUCUCCAUCAACAUCAGCCUUCUAGAGUCAUUAACUGAGGGGAUUCCACGGGCUCCGAUUUUCAUAGACACGGUAGUUUUCCGAGUUGCUCCGUGGAUAAUGACUCCAAACACCUUGGCACCGGUCAACGUUUUUGUAUGCAGUGUGAAGGAUAAUUAUCUUUUCCUGAAGGAGGUGAAGAGCUUGGUGAGCAAAGCCAGUUGCGACCUGAAGGUCUGCUUUGGGUACAUGAAUCGUGGAGACCGCUGGAUGCAGGAUGAAAUCGAGUUUGGCUACAUACACGCUCCUCACAAAUGCUUCCCUGUGGUUCUGGACUCUCCCAGAGAUGGGGGCCUGAAAGACUUCCCCAUCAAAGAGAUUCUGGGCCCGGACUUUGGCUACGUGACCAGGGAGCCUCUGUUCGAGGUUGUCACCAGUCUCGACUCCUUCGGCAACCUUGAAGUCAGCCCUCCGGUGACCGUCAAUGGGAAGGCGUAUCCCCUAGGGAGGAUCCUCAUUGGAAGCAGCUUCCCCACAUCUGCUGGGAGGAGGAUGACUAAGGUGGUGAGAGACUUCCUCUAUGCUCAGCAAGUCCAGUCACCUGUGGAGCUCUACUCUGAUUGGCUGACCGUGGGUCAUGUGGAUGAAUUUGUGACCUUUGUGCCCCUUCCUGACAAAAAGCAAUUCCGGAUGCUCAUGGCCAGCACGUCGGCCUGCUACAAGCUCUUCCGGGAGAAGCAGAAGGAGGGCCAUGGGGAAGCCACCAUGUUCAAAGGUUAUUCUGGGACAGACACAAAACGGGUCACCAUUAACAAGGUCCUGUCCAAUGAGGUCAUGGUGCAGGAGAACCAAUACGUACAGCGCUGCAUUGACUGGAACAGAGACAUCCUCAAGAAAGAGCUGGGGCUGACUGAAAAAGACAUCAUAGACCUCCCAGCGCUCUUCAAGAUAGACAAGAUGGGCAAAGCCAUGGCAUACUUCCCCAACAUGGUGAACAUGAUUGUCCUAUGUCGAGACCUGGGAAUCCCAAAGCCGUUCGGGCCAAUCAUCGAGGGAGAUUGCUGCUUGGAAGCACAUGUCCGCUCUCUGCUGGAGCCACUCGGGCUGAUGUGCAGCUUCAUCGAUGACAUUUCCUCCUACCAUAAGAUGCUGGGAGAGGUCCACUGCGGCACCAAUGUCCAUCGCAAGCCCUUCUCCUUCAAGUGGUGGCAUGUGAUUCCCUAGCUGCCAAGCAGGGUGAGAUUCCUGCAGUCGAAGCUCACUUGGACAUGGCUUUUUUUGUUGGUUGGUUGUUUGCUUGAGGUUGGUCAAGUUAAUCGCUAGAACUUUGGUAUAGAGUCUCGGUGCCUUGCUUUGGUGGUUGUGUGUGUGUGAUGUGUUUCACCCAUUGGGUGGGAAGGUCCUCCAGCCACACGCCAUUCUAGUUUGCAUGCUGCAGGUCCCAACCCAUUCCAUCCUUGGUUUUUUCAAGCUCUUGGAGGUUAUGGCAGCUGGAGGUUGAACUGAUCAGGGGCAUUAUACCAAAAAAAUAUUUAUAGAAACUAUGGUAGCAAAAGCCAUCUUCUGCUGAGUUCUGAUGGAAAUGAUUUGUAAUCAUGAUAAUAAAAUGGAAAAA